UUUGGCUGGACACCACUGCACAGGGCCUGCCGUAACGGUUAUGACAAGGUGGUGGAGAUGCUGUUGAAGCACGGUGCUGAUGCUAAAGCCAAGAACAACGGUGGCGAAACGCCCCUCGAUGUCGGACGUCAUCGCGGGCAUGGCGACAAGCUGGAGCCCGUGUUUGCUGCUCACGAGGCUCGCCUAUCACAACCACCCGCACCACUCGCUCCGCCCACGCCGGCACCGCCUUCCGCCUGGCUGCCGCCUCUGCCCACCACCCCCACCCUCGAGACCACGGCCUCUGUUGUGGUGGCGGUGGACAAGUGGCUCAAGCCGCUCUUGCCCACGCGCACCACCAGCCAUACUCUCCCCCACCUCGAUGCCUUUAUCAGAGGUGCCGCCAAACAAAACCCCAAUCUUGCAACGGUCGUUGCUUCCAUCCGCAAAACCAUCGAUGAAGCUCGACCAGAGUUUCCCGUCAUGGAUUGGGCUGCCUUCCAGACGACUACCACCCAGGCUCUCAACACACUCGACCAGGCACUGGCAGCGCCCGAAGCGUUAAGCAACCGCUUGAAGCAAUUGGACCCCAACACUGACAACCUAGAAUCAGUGCUGCAAGAGCUGCACGGUGUCACUGCUGGUUUUGAGCUGCAGCCGGUGCUUCUCGAGCUUCAGGACAUGCUGGCAGCGUGCCCCGCUCCACCCACCACGCCAGUGAUCGCGCCCAAGAAGCCACCCACCGACCUAGCGGCGGCCCUGAGCAAAGUCAUCGCCCUGAGCGGCGUGGAACCCAAGCGUCAAGAGCUGCUCACCAGCGCCAACAGCGACAUCAAGCGCCUGGUGCUGGCCUUGAUUGAUGCCCUGGGUGCCGUGGCAAGAGCGGGAACCACCGACACAAUUCAUCGCGUGGAGACGCUACGGCAGUGCGCGCAAUGCGUGGAUGCAAGUGCACCGCCGCCAGCCGAGGCAUUGCCCGAGGCCUGGGAAGAGCUGUGCCAAGCGCACAAGAAGCUGAGCCUGCUCGAGCAGAACGGUCUCGAGCAAAUUGCUCAGUGGCAGCCACCUCCAGACUACGAGCAUCAGAAUUGGUACCUGGCGUUUGUGCACCACGAGUCGCAAGCUCUGCUGCAGCAGUUACAAGACAUGAUCGACUGGCAGGCCACGACACUCUCCAUGUUGGACUCGUGCAUGAGGCACGUGGACAGCUUGACCCAAGGCCUUGAGCACCCAAACAUCGUUCCAGUCCUUGGUGCGCUUCUGGACGUGCACAGUGGCCACCCCAGCGCCUACUUGGUGCAGCCGUGGUGUACCCAAGGAGAUCUGCAGCAGUGGCUCGGCAAGGCGCGGCAUCUGGCCACCUCGACCGUCGUUGCGAGUUUGAUGACGCAGCUGCGCAUGGCCCUGGCGUUUAUGCAUAGCAAAGGCCUGGUGCACCGAGAUGUCAAGCUGAGCAACGUCAUGCUGGAUGGCGAGGAGGACCAACCUGUUGUGCGGCUCGGUGAUUUCGACAUUGCCAAGGCUGCCGCUGAAGCCACCAUGUUGCCUUGCACUGCUACUGCGUCGUCGGGCACGGCGGGCUAUGUAGCACCGGAGGUGCUUUUCGGUCGGGGUCGUGUGGGGGCGCGUCCGGCACAGGAUGCCUUUUCCUUUGGCUGUGUUGUCUACAACACCUACAUGUUCCCACAAACGGUGCCACCUGCUCACCCACGGGAUGAUGAGGUCGUGUAUCAAUGCAGAUGGAGUAUACCAGCGAGAGAUGAUGUUUGCAGCUUUCCGCAUCUGGCUGCUGAGGUCAGUGAUGAAUUUUUGACUGGAUCAGGCAAGACCAGCUCAUUCUAA